AUGCUAGGACUAGGCGUCUUAGCUCUGCUGCCCUUCGCCGCGGCGAAAGUCCUCCCCCGUCAGACUGCAUGCAACAACUCGCCGGAUCUGUGCUCCAAAUCUUACGGAGAAAUCACUCAUCUGGGAGCGCAUGACAGCCCGUUCGUGCGAGAUGCCUCCACCGACUUUUCGACCUCGGGGAACCAAUACUAUAACACCACCCUGCAACUAGACGCUGGCGUUCGCAUGGUGACAGCUCAGGUCCAUAAGAAAGAUUCAGAAUGGCAUCUGUGCCAUUCGAGUUGUUCCCUUAUGGAUGCGGGGAAGUUGAGCACCUGGCUGUCAGAGAUCAAGAGCUGGCUGGAUUCGAAUUCAAAUGAUGUUGUUACUGUUCUUCUGGUCAACUCCGACGACGCAUCGGCUUCCGAACUCCAUUCGGAAUUCACAACCGCCAACAUCACCGACUACGCCUACAAACCCACGUCGCAAACCUCUGCGCCGAGCUCCUGGCCGACGCUACAAGAGUUGAUCAAUGAUGGUACUCGUUUGGUCACGUUUGUGGCGUCGCUGAGUUCCUCCAGCAACACGGUCGCUCCAUACCUGAUGGACGAGUUCACGUUCGUGUGGGAGAACCCGUAUGACGUGACAUCUGCCUCGAACUUUUCGUGCCUUCCCGACCGCCCGUCUAGCGUCAAGGGCGAUCUCAGUUCCGCGCUGGCCUCCAACAAGUUGCCGCUCAUGAACCAUUUCCUCUACCAGACGAGCAUCCUUGACAUCCAGUACCCGAAUGCCAGCUACGUCUCGACGACGAACGCACCCUCCGGCGGCACCGGAAACCUCGGCGAUACUGCGUCCACAUGCAAAAAGAAGUAUGGACGUCAGCCCACCUUCAUACUCGUGGACUUCUUCGACAAGGGCCCGGCCAUCGACACGGUGGACAGCCUCAACAACGUCACCUCAGCCACCGGUCGUCUCAAGUUGUCGUCCUCCACGUCCUCCACGCAGACCAGCUCUGCGUCGACCUACUCCAAUGUGUUCAAGGGUCUGGUUGAGCUUGUCCAGCAAGCCCAAGAAGGCGCGAAGCCCAGCAUGGGCGAGUGGAUCUGGGCUGGCGGCGAUUGGGGGAAUGUGCUUGGGGGCGGUAUCGGACUGUGA